UCCACACCCACCCCUCCCCACCACCCCCAUUCCCCGCCAUUGGAGGCAGUCCGCCAUGCUGCGUGCCUCUAUUCUGCGGGCCCGGCCAGCGCUGAGGCCAAUUGCACCCGGCGCCCGCCCGCAACGGCGCGUCGCCCAGCGCUUCUACGCCGACGGGAAAAAGCUCGGCGACACGACCAUCCCCAAUCCCUCGCCCACCGUCUCGCCGACAAACGCUUCGCCCGUCGAGAAUGCGGCGAUUCCCCCGUCCGACGUCCCCAAGCCCCCGCCGGCGCCCGAGGCUGCUUCUGCAACACGCUCAGCGCCCGUCGCCCAGCCCGCGACCACUCCCCCAACCGGCCCCGGCUCUGCCAGCGUCGCACCCGAUCCACAGCCGCCGAAGCCGAAGAAGCGACGUCUGCGCCGGCUCUUGUUUUGGACCGUGCUUCUGUCUACGUUGGGAUAUGCAGGCGGCGUGUGGUAUUCGCUCGUGUCGGACAACUUCCACGACUUCUUCACCGAGUACAUCCCCUUCGGCGAGGACGCCGUCGCAUACUUUGAGGAGCGCGAGUUUAGGAAACGCUUCCCAGGCCGUGCCGGCCAGCCGCGGCUGCACCCGCAGGUCAGGGGCGAGAACAAGGUCACCAUCCCAGGAAAGAGCGGAUUGACCUCGCGGGUCGCCGACCAUGAUGGCAGUGACCUGGCUGCGAAGGGCCCGCAUGUCAGCGCUGUGGACGCCAACCCGCAGAGCGGCCCGCCUGCGCAGACAGCAGCACCCAAGGUUGGCUCCGACGACCCGGCAACGGGCGAGCCGAAGAAGGACCGAGUUGAUGAAAAGCCCACCGAGUCCGCUUCUCACCAUCUGCUGCCCAAGGAUGAGAAGAAGCCUGAGCCGGCCAAAGAAACAAAGGCUCCUGCUGCAGCGCCCGCUCAGCCUAUCAUGCCCAUCGACCAUCUCAACGUCCCUCAGGCAGGCGAGCCGGUAGUGCAGGAUGUAGUGAAGAUUGUCAACGACAUCAUUACCGUCAUCAACGCCGAUCCGUCUCGCGCGAGCAAGUACGACUCUACGCUGGAGAAGGCCAAGUCGGACCUCGGAAAGGUCGUGUCGGACAUCAACCUGCUCAAGGAGAAUCUGCGAAAGUCGGCCGAGGAGAAGAUUAAGGCCGCCCACAGCGAGUUCGAUGCCGCGGCGAAGGAGCUCGUGCAGCGUUUGGACCACCAGAUGCAGGCUCAGGAGACGCAUUGGAAAGAAGAAUACGAGAACGAGCGGGAACGCCUUGCGCAGUCCUAUCGGGAGAGACUGCAAGCUGAGCUCGAUGCCGCGAAGAAGGUGUACGAGCAGAAGCUGAAGAACGAGCUCCUCGAGCAGAGCAUCUCCCUCCAGCGGUCUUUCGCCUCAUCCGUUCGCGAUCAGGUCGAAGCCGAGCGUGACGGCCGCCUCGGCAAGCUUAACGAGCUCUCUUCUUCUGUCCACGAGCUAGAGGAGCUGACUGCAGAGUGGAAUUCGGUCGUUGAUGCCAACCUCAAGACGCAACAUCUUGUUGUCGCCGUGGAAGCUGUCAAAGCUGCGCUUGAGAACCAGAUCACGCCCAGGCCCUUCAUUACCGAGCUCGCUGCCCUAAAAGAAAUUGCCGCUGAUGAUCCCGUCGUCAGCGCCGCGGUCGCAAGCAUCAAUCCCGCCGCGUACCAGCGUGGCAUUCCCAACUCCGCGCAGCUCAUCGACCGCUUCCGCCGCGUCGCCCAGGAAGUCCGGAAAGCUGCCCUUCUCCCUGAAGAUGCUGGCGUUGCCUCGCACCUUGCUUCUCUCGCCAUGUCCAAGGUUCUUUUCAGAAAGUCGGGAUUAGCUGUUGGUCAAGAUGUCGAGGCUGUACUCGCGAGAACCGAAGUCCUGCUUGAGGAGGGUGACCUGGAUGCUGCCGCAAGAGAGAUGAACGGCCUGCAAGGUUGGGCGAAGGUGCUGAGCAAGGACUGGCUGAGCGAGUGCAGGAGAGUCCUUGAGGUCCGGCAAGCUUUGGAUGUGGUUGCUACCGAGGCAAGGCUACAAAGUUUACUCGUGGAUUAAUUUUCUCGCACAUGGGUUCUAGAUCUGCAUGGUAGAGGAGAUGGUGUUUUUCUAUUGUGUGAAUACGGAAUGUACCUGGGUAGUUGUACGUGUAACCGAAAACUCAUUAUCGCGUUAACAUUGAAGCCUCUGGGCAUCGGCGAUUACGUGCACUGUAUUUUCCUCCGUUAGCUGAGCGAUCAAGUCGAUGGAAGUCUUCCAAUGGUACGCAUUCCAGGUUCAUGGCUCACUAUCAGACAAUUGGUCACAGGGCGCAGUCUCGCAUUCUCACCGCAAUGUGUCACGCCAUUAGGCCAGAAUGGGCAGUGUGCAAACAGGAGGAGCUUUAGGGACUGGGGACAUGAAAUGGUAUACGUCGCUCUAACAUUCGCUGGAACCAGAUGAUUGGACGUCCCAG